AUGACUGUCAAGGAGGCCCAUGAUAUUAUGCGACAGUUACGAGAGCUUGAGUUUCCGUUUGCUUUACGCGGCUCGACGAGGAUGACGACACUCAAAACGGCCUCUGUCCCUACCAUGGCCGAUCUCUUCGUGGCUACCGGCCAGCGGAAUGUCGAGAAGUGCGCCGUUGGUGUGUUUUAUAGGAGUAUGGGGGAGGCGAUGGAGCUUCCGUUCAACCUACUCCCGUCCGGUAAAGCUGGCUUCAUCGACGGAAUCCAUUUUGCCCAGGAGCUCAAGCGCUUAAUGGGCCUAGAGACGGCCAACUACCCUUCGAUACUCAGGCCUGUUGUUGAAAGUAUCUUUGCCGCAAGGCUAGAUGAACACAUCCGAGUCAGCAUGGGUUAUCGCAAACCGGGAAUUGCUCUUUCAUCCCUUGUUGCCAGUUCAGUGGCAAUGCGCAAGUUCAUAUUGCGCUACCUCAGCCUCCCCCGGCCGGACUUCAUGGCCGUUAGGGUUCUGGAUGCAGCUCCAGAUCCAUACAGCGGACGCUACGCUAUCAAAGAAUGGUUAGACAAUCCAUGGUAUGUGAAGCCGACAUUUCCAAACCGAUGGGGCCUCAAUUCCUGGUCGGUGCGACUCUUUGGAACCGGAAAUGUGCCCACCAACAAUGGGUCUUUCCGCGACGAAGGGUAUGAUAUCAGAGCAAUCGGUCCUCAGAUCAUGGAGAACAAGGGCCAAGCUGAAGUUGAAGCCAUCUUCGAGAAGCUCAGGAAGAAAGAUGUCCCUACUGGGUGUCCAUUCCAUGCGUAA